AUGACCAACCUCUUGGGCUCUUGGAAGUACCGCGCAGAAGGUGAUCGCUAUGUCUUCCAGACGGUGUCCGCAUGCUAUGCUCAGCGGGUCUAUGAACGUGCGACAGCUGCCCUGAAGUCCCGAACGUCUGCUCUAGUGGUGCACGAACAGGACAAAGGCACCCUGCAAUGCUGUGACAAUAUAGGGUUGGCGAUUCAUUGCAUAGAGUGCCCCUAUCAGAAAGGAGCUUUUGGAGAUACAUGGAAGCUCUGCGACUGGAAGAAAUGGUAUUACACCGGCUGCGGUUGGGCUUUAUGCGGACGUUUGCGAGACGAUGCCUGA